AUGACGCCUUCUCCGCCCAGUCCCACAAGAACAAGCGGCUCUAUCCGCGACAAGAAGGACGACAUAUCCAUUAUCGAGCGCGCGAACUCGGAGAAACGUAGUAGUGAGGAUGACAGAGUAUCGGUGACGGACUUCGGUGGUGACAGUACCUUGCCGCCGCCUCCCGCAUACACACCGGCCCAAGAGAAGGCUCUGUACCGCAAGGUCGACAUGCGGCUUAUGCCAAUAUUGACCGUGAUGUAUCUUCUUUCAUUCCUUGAUCGAGGCAACAUCGGAAAUGCAAAGAUCCAGGGUUUGACGACGCAACUCGACCUCACCGGCAACAAGUACAACAUCGCCUUGACGAUGUACUUUAUUCCGUACUGUCUAUUUGAAUGUCCAUCAAAUUUGGUCCUCAAGAAGUUCCGCCCCUCGCGCUGGCUCCCGCUGAUCACAGUGACCUGGGGCACCAUCAUGACUCUCAUGGGCCUGGUGAAGAAUUACCCACAACUUGUCGGUGUACGCGUAUGCCUGGGCGUAGCCGAAGCAGGAUUGUUCCCAGGCGUCGUCUACUACUUCACGCUAUGGUAUCCUCGCGAGAUGCUCCAAUUUCGUGUUGGGAUCUUCUUCGGGGCAGCUUCGAUGGCAGGCGCCUUCUCCGGUCUCUUGGCAUUCGGCAUCUCAUUCAUGGACGGCGUAGCUGGCUUUGAGGGAUGGUCAUGGAUCUUUAUACUCGAGGGCAUCGCUACUGUUCUCGUCGGUAUUGUUGCUUUCUUUGCCCUGGUCGACUUCCCAUCCACGGCAGCUUUCUUGACGCCAGAAGAGCGCUCGUAUCUGGUCUGGAAGAAAAAGUUCGACAAUUCAUCUGUCGGAGAAGAGGAACGUUUUCAUGUACGACACCUCCUGGCUGCCUUCACCGAUUGGCAGGUCUACGCGCAUAUUCUGGUGUACAUGUCCAUCAUCGGCCCCCUGUACGGGUUCUCGCUCUUCCUUCCAUCGAUCAUCUCUACUUUUGGCUUCACGGCUGCUAUCAGCAAUCUACUUACCGUACCACCAUACAUCGUCGCAACGAUUGUCCUCGUCAUUUUCGCUGUCAUGUCAGAUCGCAUGAAGAAGCGCUCUCCUUUCAUCCUCAUAAGCCUCUUGCUAUUGGUCAUCGGUUUCGGCAUCAACAUCUCGAACGCACCGUCCGGCGUCAAGUACUUUGGCGCGUUCCUUGUCACAACGGGGACGUACGCGGGCUUCCCCGGCACUGUUGCCUGGCUUGGGAAUAACUUGUCCGGACAGUACAAACGUGGUGUAGGCAUGGCUGUACAAAUUGGCGUUGGGAACCUCGCCGGCGCCAUCGCCUCCAACGUAUACCGGACUCAAGAUGCACCGCGAUACAUUCUGGGCCACGGAAUCAUGUUCAUGUUCGUCGGCAUCGGCCUUGUCGUGACACCGCUCGUGGUGCUGAACUACAUUCGCAUCAACCGUCAACGUGAUGCCAUCGCCGCUGCUGGGGGCAUCUCCUAUACGGACAAACAGCUUCGUGAGAUGGGGGACAGGGCGCCGGACUUCAGGUAUAUUAUCUGA